CGUAGGGGCCACGCAGCCACCAUUGCUUCCCCAGCUGCUGAGCGAAGCUGUGUUAGUAGAAGUCUGCGGGAGCAGAGAAGGCACCCACCCUGGAGCCAUGGUCCACGCCUUCCUCAUCCACACCUUGAGGGGCCCGCAGGCUGAAGACACGGGCUUUUGCCGAGUACUCUACUCCUGUGUCUUCGGUGCCGAAAAUUCACCUGAUGACCCACGACCACACAGUGCUGAGAGGGACAGGCUCCUCCGCAAGGAGCAGAUUUUGGCCGUCGCCAGGCAGGUGGAGUCCAUGUGCCGGCUACAGCAGCAGGCAUCUGGCAGGCCCCCCACGGACCUGCAGCCCCCGUCCUCAGAUGAGCCAGUGCCCCUGCACGAGGCCCCACGAGGGGCCUUCCGCCUGGCGGCAGGGGACCCUUUCCAGGAGCCUCGGACGGUGGUGUGGCUGGGUGUGCUCUCACUGGGCUUUGCGCUAGUGCUGGAUGCCCAUGAGAACCUGCUGCUGGCCGAGGGCACGCUCCGGCUGCUGGCACGCCUCCUCUUCGACCAUCUCCGGCUGCUGGUCCCUGGCUCCAAUUUCCUGCUGCGGGCUGACCGAAUUGAGGGGAUCCUGGCCCACUUCCUGCCCCAUGGUCAGCUGCUCUUCCUCAACGACCAGUUUGUCCAGGGUCUGGAGAAGGAAUUCAGUGCUGCUUGUCCCCGCUGACUCCUCACCGAAUGGGACUUUCCAAGAGGACAAAACAGAAGGACAAAGAUGUUUAGACACACAGCUGGUAAAACUAGGUACCCACCUUCUACCCAGCCUGCUCCCAGCUCUGGUGGGCUGCCAUACCCAGGACAAGUGGAUAGGACAAGGUGGCAGGGCAGAAAGUGGGAGGAAUCACGGAACAUUCUGUGCCUGGAGCUGCCGCACGACUUGUUCAGGCUGCUGCAGUGGGCCAGCCCUGCUUGUUCUGAGCCCCACUUUCUCCCAUUCCCACCAGCCAGCCCGUACAGUCCACGAGCCCCUAGUGCUAGGGCAGUGAGGAGUGGCUGCCUGGAACUUGGCCCACCUUUUUUCUCCAAACCCACAGCCAUCACAGCGCAAAAGGAGUCUGAGACUCAGCUCCACCACAGUUCACAAAUAUGUCAGUCAUUCCGAAGGAUUUUGUAGGUCUUUUGGGGCCAGCCCAUGCCCAGCAGACGGCCUCAAGAUAAUCAUGGGCUUCCCUUGUCUGAAGGGAGAGGUGCCAUCAGGGGGGUACAAGAGGUUUGGCCUGGAUGAUGUUAUCUUUCUGAUUUUGAAUUAAAAGCACCCACUAUGUGAUGUUGUCACUGACCCCUGUGGAUCAGGGACCCAAAAUCAUCAUUCUGCUCAGUGUUGCUU